AUGGCGGACACGAACAGAAUAAUGAAAGAACUCCGAGAGAUCGCCUCGGACGCCGCGAGCGGGGUCACGGUGUCGCAACACGGCGAUAGUUUGACGCACAUGAAGGGCACCAUCUGCGGACCGUCUGAUACGGUGUACGAGGGUGGUGUGUUCCAUAUUGACAUUCAGAUCGGGCAGUCGUACCCGUUCGAGCCGCCAAAGAUGAAGUUUCUUACCAAGGUGUGGCACCCGAACGUGUCGAGCGCGAGCGGGGCGAUUUGUUUGGACGUCCUGAAGGAUCAGUGGUCGCCUGCGUUGACGCUGAAGACAGCGCUGCUGUCGUGUCAGGCGCUGUUGGCGGCGCCAGAGCCGGACGAUCCGCAAGACGCGGUCGUGGCGAAGAUGUACACGUCGGAGCGGGCAAAGUUUGACGAGACGGCGAAAGAGUGGACGAAGAAGUUCGCGACAAAAGAGCAGAAGGAUCCGAUCGUGGGCGAACUCAUGGAAAUGGGAUUCGAUGAGAGCAUGGUGCUCAAGGCGUUGACCAAGUGCGGUGGCGAUAAAAAUCGCGCGCUCGAGGAACUCCUCGGAGGAGCUUGA